AUUCCUCUCUUGCUUCUCUUACUCAUCUUUGUUCUUCUUUCGGCCUUUUCUUCCCUCUCUGCAGCUCUUGUUUUGAGUAAUAUCUUCUUGUUGUUGGAGUAUCUACCAUGAGUCAGAUCUUUCAGUUUCUCAUUUUUUAAUUUUCUUUCUUAUAUUAGUGGUUUACACCCCAAAUAGAACGUCUACUUGUAAUUUUCCUUUCUUUUUUAUGGAAAAAUGAAUUUUAUGAGUUUGGUAGACUACUCAUCCCUUCCAUAACAGCUUGAGGUGACUUUGUCGAGAGUGUGCAAACUUUUUGGUGAAGACUCAAGAAUCAAAGUAAGGAAUUAAGAUGAUAAGUAUAGAAAUGGCUACAACAGACAUCACAUUUUUCGAACAACAGUUAUCAAGGACUGCUUCGGCUCAGUUUAGGAGGCCUGAAUUUCAAGGGUCCACUAAAGAAGCUAGGCACAGAUACCUCAGUCAAUGUGUCCCACUUCACAAAGCAGCACUGAAAGGUGAUUGGAAAGAAGCUAAGAAAAUCUUAGAUCAAGAUCCAACUCUGCUAAUAUCUGCCAUAACAGAAGGGUGGGCAACAGUCCUCCACAUAGCAGUGGGAGCAGAUCAUGCUCAUUUUGUGGAGGAGUUGGUGAAGAUGAUGAGGCCUCAUCAUUUGGAAUUGCAAGAUCUUAAAGGAAACACUGCUUUUUGCUUUGCUGCAGCAGUUGGGAAUGUGCACAUUGCUGAGAUAAUGAGGAAAGAGAACAAUGAUUUGCCAAAAAUUAGGGGUGGAGAAGGAGCCACUCCUCUUCACUUGGCUGUUUUACAAAGAAGAAGUGAAAUGGCAUGGUACCUUUAUGACAAAUCCAAAGAAAUACUCCAAGAAGAGGAUUGGACUACAGUGUUUCUCAUUUGUAUAAACUCUGCACUCUAUGAUUUAGCCUUGGAAAUGCUAAAUGAGAACGAAUCAUUAGCUUUUGCAAGAGGAGAUGAGAAUGAGACCGGUUUACAUGUCUUGGCGCGAAAGCCUUUAGAUUGUGGUUGUCAAAGUCACAAACGUCGAAAUAACCUCCUUCAUUUCUGUAAGAAGGAUGCUCCGGUUCUCAAACUUAUAGAACGCAUGUGGAGCAUAUUUCUUGCCUUAGAUGAUGAGAUGAUGAAGAAAGUCAUGAGUGAACCUUACCAAUUAACAUGUAUUGCUGCACAAGUUGGAAAUUUUGAGUUCCUAUCUGUGGUUAUGAGCACUUAUCCUGAUAUGAUAUGGGAAUUGAAUACCAUGGAUCAAAGCAUAAUUCACAUUGCUGCUUUGCACCGUCAUGCUAGUAUCUUCAAUUUGAUCCAUGAAAUUGGCCCCACCAAAGAUAUCAUAUUAACUUUCAUAGAUAAGAAGAAAAACAAUUUAUUGCACUGUGUUGCAAAGUUAGCACCACCAGACCGACUCAAUAUAGUUUCUGGAGCAGCCCUUCAAAUGAUGCUAGAGUUGUCAUGGUUUGAGGAGGUGAAAAAGAUGAUGCUACCAUCAUCCUUAGAAAUGAAAAAUUCUGAAGACCUGACUCCUGGUGAACUAUUCACCAGGGAACAUGCAGACUUGCUUAAAAGAGCUGAGGCUUGGAUGGAGAGAACAGCAAACUCUUGCAUGGUUGUUUCAACUUUGAUAGCUACCGGAGUGUUCUCUGCUGCAUUUAGUUUACCAGGCGGUAACAACGACAACACAGGAUCACCCAAUUAUUUGGAGAAACCAUCAUUCCUCUUGUUUGCAUUAUCAGAUGCCACGGCAUUGAUCUCAUCUUCAACCUCAAUCCUAAUUUUCCUGUCCAUCCUCAUCUCGCGAUACGCAGAGGAUGAUUUUCUCAAGUCACUGCCCUUGAAGUUGAUAUCUGGACUCAUUGCACUUUUCAUCUCAAUAAUCAGCAUGAUGGUAGCAUUCAGCAGUGCCUUCUUUAUAACAUAUUAUCAUGGUUUGAAGUGGGUUCCUUACCUCAUUUCUGGACUAGCAUUUCUACCAAUACCUUUGUUUAUCUAUCUGCAGUUUUCUCUGUGGUCUGAUAUAGCGUAUUCAGCCUACAUUUGUAGUUCUUUGUUUAGGCCACGUAAACGUAUGAUUCACUAGCUAGAAAGAUCGAGCUUAUUCUAAAUAAUGCAUUUUAAUUUCUUGCUGUAUGAGUUACGGUGUCUCCCAAUAAUGGUUACAUUAGUUGGAAGCAAAUAGGUGAUUGUGACUACAUUUAUUAAUUGUAUGCUUGAAGUGUUUCACUUAUUUUUAGUUUAAACACAAUUUGCUUGAAGCCAAA